AAUUCAAAGAAAGCCCGCCCCAGCCACGCUCGCGCUGCGCCGGGCCGUCACGUGGGGCUGGCGGGCCCGGGCGUGCGCGGGGCGUUCCGGUUCCGGGCGCGGCGGGGUCGCCAUGGCGAGCAACGCCGCCAGCCUGAACGCCGUGAGGGAGACCAUGGACGUUCUGUUUGAGAUUUCAAGAAUAUUAAACACUGGCUUGGAUAUGGAGACGUUGUCUAUUUGUGUGCGGCUUUGUGAGCAAGGGAUAAACCCAGAAGCCUUAUCCUCUGUUAUCAAAGAGCUGCGUAAGGCUACAGAAGCUCUAAAGGUAAUGCUCUAG